UGCUGUACUGCUGGGUGGGAGGAGCUUUCCAUGUGGCGAGGCCCAACCUGCAGCAAUUUAGACCAGUGCCAGUGUGUCGCGGAUGCUCGGUCGGUCGUUGGGAAUUCUGUUUAGACGCCUUUGCAGUUGGCAGUAGGUCUGUCUGUGUCUGACAGCUAUUACCUAUCUUAUUUCUUUUACGUACAACAAAACAUCCCAGAGGGCGCCACAAGUUCAUCCCUAUUGCUCCAACCUAGAAAACGAACCUUUGUUAAACAAGCUUCUGCGAGCUCCCUUGUCGAGCGCAUUCAGACCGACUGCUCCAACACGGCUGACAUUUGGGUGCUGCGCAACACCCAACCGUGAUGAGCUCGUCGAAUAACAACCAAUGGCCACCUAGGCGGCCCUCGAAACGGAGCAAGCUCCGAAAUGGCACCUUCAUCGUCCCAGGCACCGGCGAACGCAGCCGCCGCCAAUUCUCCCUCCGCGGAUCGAGCAUCGAGAUUCCCCCGCCCGAAAUAAACGGAUACCGAUCCCUCUUGGCCGCCGAGUCGACGGGCGAGUCCCUCAAUGUGGUCAAACAUAACAUCAAGACCAGUGCCCUACACUUCUGGGACUGGCUCAUGUCUCCGGCGGGCAAGGGCGUGCUGAAGUGUACCUUGGCAUAUCUAUUGGCAAGUAUGGCGACGUUCCUCUCGCCCAUCUCGGCUUUCUUAGGCAAGCCUGACGGGAAACACGUCGUCGCGACUUUGACGGUCUAUUUCCACGCCAGUCGGACGUGGGGUUCCAUGGUUGAGGCCGUCGCCAUUGCCACCAUCGCCGUCCUGUAUGCCGAGAUCAUAUCCUGCCUCGCCAUGGCCUUUUCCGUUGUCGUGGGAGGGCAGCUCGGCCUCAUUCCGCUGUCCCACGUCCUCAUCCUGACGUUCUGCAUCGGCGGCGGUAUGGGUUUCAUCGGAUGGGUGAAGCAAAGGCUGAACAAUCCCCUGGUCAACGUGGGAUGUACCCUUUCUUCGAUUGCCAUUAUCGCCGUGGUCACUAGAGAGGAGGCAAUCCACGAAGGGCACUUUUCCGAAGCCAAGAUUGUGCAAGUACUUAAGAUGUUGGCUAUCGGCAUUACAAUCACGGCGACGGUCAACUUCUUUGUCUGGAGGGUGUCGGCACGGGCCCUUUUGCGUUCCUCGAUGAACUCGGCUGCCGUGUCACUGGCGGACAUGCUCUCCAUGAUUACUCGUGGCUUUCUGAACGGUUCCGAGAACGAGAUCAUGUCGGGAGACUUUGGUCAGGUUGCGAGACUGUACAAAACGACGUACGGUAAGAUGACGAAGAACCUUAGGGAGUCGAAGUUGGAACACUGGGUUCUUGGACGGGAGAAAAUCUAUAACCUGGAAAAGAAUCUCGUCAAGUCGUUGGAAUCACUCUCGCAAGCCAUAGGAGGUUUGAGGAGUGCAGCCAACACGCAGUUUGCCUUGCUCAAGGAGAUGCCACAGGAUCCCAUGGGUGGCCAGCUUUCUCCCGGAAGCACAGUGUUCUCCCCGACGCUGUCUCGCGCCAUGUCCCAGUACCUCAAGGGUGCUCGGGAUCGGUUCGCUACGCUGGCAUCGAUCGAGGAAGAUGACGAGUAUGACGAUGAUCUGGAUAGCCACCCAAGCCCUGAGGCAACCCCGGACGGCCCUCCGGCGCCACUUCCUACUUUCCGCUCACCAUCAGAGAUCUUUGAGCUCUUCAUAGCACUGUUGGGCCCCUCGAUGAAGUCUCUGGCAUACACUCUUUCGGAGAUCCUGAGAGAGCAAGCUUUUGCAAAGGGGGCAGACUCCAAGAUUACCGUCAAUCCUCACUUCAAGCACAGCUUACAGGACGCUAUGGCGCUGUACAGCAACGCGAGAACUCAUGCCCUGCAAGAGCUCUACACUAGUAUUGAGCUGGGCCGAGCGAGGUCAGAAAAGAUUCAAGCAGACAUUGAAGAAGUCGCGGCUGCAUGUGGACAUUUCAGUUUUAGUCUGCAGCAUGUGGCCGAAGAUAUCGAUGCCUACUUGACAGCCUUGGAAGAGCUCAAGUAUAACCGUGAGAUGGGUUCCCGCAGCUGGAACUGGCUGAAGGUUUGGAAGUACUUCUCUUCACCCGCUCAACCCAAGGAAUCCGAUCCUAGCAACCUGGAUACCGAGCGUUUGUUACAUCAACCUAUGGAACCUCCGGAGCAGCCUGUUCGUGCCAUCAGGAAAUCGGCUCUCCCCAGGGGCAUUCCCGAUACGAUGAUCAAGCGCAGAGAUACCUUCAGCUGGGACGCCGCUCCCAACGCGAGCAUGAUUAUGAGAUUUUUCUCGCAGCAGCUUCUCAAGGGUUUGAGAGUUUUGGCUCGCGAUGACAUCCGAUUUGGUGUCAAAGUAGGCUUUGGAGCGAUGCUCUGGGCCGCAUGUGCCUUCAUUCCGGCAACAAGACCGACGUAUCAGCACUGGCGAGGCGAGUGGGGCUUGCUAUCUUUCAUGAUUGUCGCGUCUAUGACUGUCGGAGCAGCCAACACCACGGGCACCGCAAGGUUCAUUGGCACCAUUGCCGGAGCUACCUUUUCCUUGACGGCGUGGGCCAUCAGCCAAGGAAACGGAGUCGUUCUUGCGUUCCUAGGUUGGAUGGUCAGCUUCUUUAGUUUCUACAUGAUGCUCGUCAAGAACAAUGCCCCCUUCGGUAGGAUUACGCUUCUAGCCUGGAACGUCACUGUUCUCUACGCCUAUUCGUUGUCACAAAAGGUGGAUGAUGACGAUGACGAUGAGGGUGGUUCCAACCCUUUGAUGUUUGAGAUUGUCUACCACAGAUUUGUUGCGGUGUCGCUAGGUAUUCUAUGGGGUAUCUUUGUUUGCCGAGCAAUCUGGCCCAUCUCGGGCAGGAAGAAGUUCAAGGAAGGCCUUUCAGUCCUCUACCUCCAGCUUGGUCUCAUCUGGAAGAGAGGGCCGCUGGCUAUCCUGCUGCGAAGCGACAACACGAGAUCGUACAUGAAAGCCGGAGAAGAACAAGCACUGCAACGCUACGCCUUCAAGCUCGAGGCCUUGCGUAAUUCCGCAAAGAGCGAGUUUGAACUCCGUGGCCCAUUCCCCGAUGCCGCCUACGGCCGUAUCAUGCAGUCAACCAGCAAGAUUCUCGACGGGUUCCACGCCAUGCGGCUGGUGACCUCCAGACGAGGACAGCUUUCCGCUGGCGAACGAGCACUGCUCGAGUACACGGCACCAGAGCGCGCACAGCUUUGUGAUCGCAUCUGCCACGUGUUCCAGGUGCUCGCAAGCUCCCUGAUGCUAGAAUACCCGCUCACCGACGCGAUCCCAUCGGUGGUGGGCAACAAGGACCGGCUGCUGGGCAAGAUUUACCAGUUCCGCAAGGAGCAUCAGCCUCCUUCUCCCAUAGUUGGAAACGAUUUUGAGGAACAGCAGCAGCGGCAGGAGGAGAACGGCAAUGGGAAUGGCAAUGCCGGUAACAAUAACAACAAUAACAACAAUAACGGCAACAACCAGAUUACCAAGAAUGGUGUGGUGUUGGAAGAGAAGGACUUUGCCCUGUUGUACGCGUAUACCUUGGUCACGGCCCAGGUCGCGCAGGAGCUCGAGUAUGUUCAGAGGGAGAUUGAGAAUCUCUUUGGCGUGCUCCACACGGAAGCGCUCUUGCUGCAGUGAAAUUCAAAUUAAACAAUAGAAAAGAAAGGACGUCACUGGUAGAGUGGUGGUGGUGGUAGGGGGCAGUAGAGAUUGAGAGAGAUAGUGAAGAGGAAGAAACAAAAAGGGGUGACUGGACUGGACUAACUGACCGAUUGAUUGACUUGACGAAAACAGGCAUGGCGUUUGGUUACCACUAUACAUACAUUACUAGGGAUACCUUUCAUGGGCUGAGCGAUGAGGGUGGGUUUACAAGGCAUACAUAUAUACAAGUAGUCGUAGUAGUAGUCAUUGAACAUUGUCAAGCCC